CACAGUAAGGUUUUGACAUUAUUCCUGUGCACCAAAGCAAUACUAACAGUACGGAUGUUCUCGUCGAAUGUAGGAGUUUUUGGGCCUCGCCCCCUUCUUUGGGAGAGUGUUGAGCGAGAGCACGGACUUGGUUGGGGCUGCACAGACGAGGAUUUUACGACAACCGACAACGAUGGACGCGGCGGCGGCGGCGGGCGACCGUGACCUCUUUCGGAGGUGGGAAAAGAAGCUAUUAGAUUGGACAAUUAGACCAUCCAUCGUUGAGACAACGCGCAUCGACUGCACGAGUUUCGACAGUACCGAGCACCAAGACAUCGAGACAUCGAGAUAUUCAGUCGAUCGUCCGUCGUCUACGGGACAACGGGAACGAGCUGGCGAACGGCCUCUGCUUUUUAUUUCUGCUUUAACGUAUUGCAGCUACCCUCUCCUCAUCUAUCCAUACUGUGCAAUCUCCCAGCCUCUCUUGUUGAGGGAACUUGGAAAGCAAAAGGGAAUUGAUUCCAAGCUCGGUCCCUAAAAAGUAAUCGAAACGGCUGAGAUUUCGCCCUUUACUAUUUGCUAUUACUGUCUGUUUCUUGUCUACAGCUAACUUACCUCCGUACUACGGCCCUGAUUACCUACCCUUUCUCGUGCG